CCAGGUAAUGACUGGAGUGGUGGUCUUCUUUCUUGGUGUUCUCCUCACCAUCAAUGACUACAAUUACCCUGCUAUUCUGGUCUAUAGUGGCAUCACCUACUGGGGGUCUUGCAUUUUCAUCAUUGCUGGAUCUCUGUCUGUUGCUGCGCAGGAUAAACUUCAUCCUUCUGUGGUCAAAGCCUCUCUUGGAAUAAAUGUGUUCAGUGCCAUAACUGCAGGACUCGCCAUUCUUCUGAUGUCCAUACAAUUAGCAGUAAUAUCAAUGAUGGAUCCAAGUUUAUAUGCUGAGUAUUUUAGUUUGCGGAUCGUUGGAGUAAUGCUGGUGUUCACCAUUCCUCAGUUCAUCAUCUCCAUCUGUGUCUCAGCAUUUGCCUGCAAAGCCUCCUGUAACACACACUCUACACUGGUCAAUGUGGCACUAAACUAG